AUGAAAUUCGCUGAGUUCACAGCCCUACAAUAUCUCGCUAUUCCUCCCACCGCGUUGUUUGGACCGUAUUGGUAUAAGCAGGAUCUAGACUUCUUGCAAAUGCUCAAGGAUCAUAUCCCACCCAACCUGAAGGUUCUGUUCCUGCAGGAUAUUUAUCCAUGUUGGUCAGAAGAGGAACGCGCUGAGGACUGUGACCCUGAAGCAAUAUUGCUUCCUAAUGACCACAAACUGAUCAAAACGUUACUUACUAACAAGGAAUUAUUCCCUUCGCUAAGAUACAUUGCUUGGACAUCAGAGAUCGGUACUGCACCGCCAGAGGAUCUUGAUGAUAUGGCCGCAGAGUUGGGAAUGGCUCUUGACUUAGUAUCUAAUAGACUAGAGCUGCCGCCUGAUGUAAAAUGGCUUGAUAGCCUAUGA